AGAUGUUGGGAAAACAUUUUCUCUGGAUUUAUCUCCUUUCGGUGUCUUUGACGUUAUUUCUCGCUGAAGAGCUGAAGAGGGAUGGGCAUAAACGACACGAAAACGAUUCAGUUUGGAGCCAAGGGAAACCCAGGAGACUGUUUGCCAGGAGAAAGAUUUCACCCCAUCAGGGACAACACUGUGUUGCAAAACACAAGCCUGAGCCUGCAGCUCCUGCCCGGCGGUGUGGUCGCCUGAUGGAGAGCUGUCUCUAUCAUACCUCCUGCUGUGACCCCUGCGCCUCUUGCCGCUGUCGCCUCUUCAACACCGUCUGCCACUGCUUGAGACUGGGCCUGCACUGUCCCAAGAAGACCUAGAUACACACACACACACACACACAGACACCCAUUCACCACAUAUAUAUACACGCACACGCACGCACACACACACACACACAACCAUUCACCACAUACACACACACACAACUACCACUGAACUGUCCCCAAGAAGACCCCCUACAACUUGUAGAGUCCACGCCCCGAAGAAUUGAGGCUGUUCUGAGGUCAAAAGGGGUGCAACUCAAUAUUAGGAAGGUGUUCCUAAUGUUUUGUUGACUCAGUGUAU